UCUUAUCAUCAUGUCCUGGGCUCCCAUGCUCAGCCUUCUAGCCUUGUGGUGCACAGGUUUGAGCUGCCAGGAAGUGAUCUCUCAGCCACCCUCAGCUUCCAUUUCAGCAGGGAACACAGCGAAGCUCUCCUGUGCCAUGAGCAGAGGGUCCAGCAUCAGUGGCUACUAUGUGCUCUGGGUCCAGCAGAAGCCUGGGAAUCCCCCACGAUUCCUCUUCCAGUAUAAGUCAGAUUCCGACAAGUACCAGGGCUCUGGGGUGCCCUCUCGAUUUUCUAGUUCCAAAGAUACAUCCAGCAACACCGGCUAUUUAAACAUCGCAGGAGCCUCGGCUGAAGACGAGGCCGAUUAUUACUGUGCAGUGUGGCACAACAGUGCUUAUCACGGUGACUCAAACAGAAGGGGAAGCUGGACAAAAACCUCUCAUAUUCCCUAA